AUGGAGAAACCUUCAGGGACUGGGCCAUCAAAGACUGGCUCAGACUUAGGCCUCGGUUUCGACACUAUCACAGUCAGUCACCAAGAGUCUCAGCAGAGGUGCCAUGAAAAUGAUAAGUCAAUAGAAAAUGUUAAGAAUCCGUUCAAUGGUAUUUCCAAAAGUCGCCUGUUGAGCAACGUCUCACACUUUGUUGAAGAGAUUGGCCAAAGAGACCAUAUUGAAUACUUCCGCAAGGGCGCGCUGGCCGCUCAAAGUCCAGGUAAUUACAGUGAAAUAGAUGAGCUGACUGACGAUGACCGAACCACACUCCGCAACGAAGUUGAGCAUCGAUGGAAGCAUCCCCCGGCACUGUACUUCACUAUUCUCAUGAACUCCAUCAGCGCUGCAGUUCAAGGAUGGGAUCAAACUGGUUCCAAUGGUGCCAAUUUAUCAUUUCCACAGGCUUUUGGUAUUUCUGACAGAGGCGACGCCUGUCUUGCGGCCGGUACCUGCGAAAGAAACUCAUGGAUAAUUGGUGCCAUAAAUAGCGCGCCGUACAUGGCGAUUUGCCUUUUUGCUUGUUGGCUGUCUGACCCCAUCAAUGACUGGCUCGGUCGACGUGGCGCCAUCUUCCUCGGCGCUAUUUUCAGUGUUGUCGCGCCCCUCGGUCAGGCCUUAAGCCAGAGCUGGCUACAAAUCCUGAUCUGCAGAAUCCUUUUGGGAAUUGGAAUGGGGCUAAAAGAAGUCACCGUACCCGUAUUCUCGGCUGAGAAUGCACCUGCAAACAUUCGUGGCGCCCUGGUCAUGUCGUGGCAGCUUUUCGUCGCCUUUGGAAUCAUGUUAGGCUUCAGCGCUAACUUGGCUUUUGUCGACACUGGCGAUAUCGCUUGGAGGUUACAGCUUGGCUCGGCAAUGAUACCAGCUGUUCUCCUUGUUUUCGGCAUUUACUUUACACCGGAAUCACCAAGAUGGCUUUUGAAGAAGGGAAGAUACGCAGAUGCUUACCAAUCACUACUUAAGCUACGAGGAAACAACCUGCUUGCCGCUCGCGACUUGUACUACAUCCACUGCCUGCUACAAGAGGAGAAAGUGUUGAUUGUUUCGAAUGGAUUUGACAAGGGAAGCUUUUUCACAAGAUGUUGGGAACUCUUUAGUGUUCCACGCAUUCGUCGUGCGACUCAAGCAUCAGGCAUCAUUAUGGCAGCCCAGCAGUUUUGCGGCAUAAAUAUCAUGUCUUUCUAUUCAUCGACAAUUUUCGAACAAGCUGGAGCAAGCAAUAAAGUUGCACUUCUAGCCUCGUGGGGAUUUGGCAUGGCCAUGUUCAUCUUCGCCAUUCCCGCUUUGUGGACCAUUGAUACCUGGGGCCGGAGAACGUUGCUUCUUGCAACGUUUCCCAACAUGUGCUGGACUUUAAUGGCUGCCGGAAUGGCGUUCUACAUUUCGAUGCAGAGCCCUGCACAUCUUGGCGUUCUUGCUGCUUUCACCUAUGUCUUUGCUGCCUUCUAUGGUCCAGGAGAGGGCCCAUGUGCUUUCGUCUACUCAGCGGAAGUUUUCCCAUUAUCUCACCGUGAGGUUGGCAUGUCAUGGGCAGUGGCUACUAACAACUUCUGGGCUGUCAUUGUAGCACUUACUUGGCCACCUAUGGUGCACAUUCUAAAGCCUCAAGGCUCUUUUGCCUUCUUUGCGAUUCUCAACAUCGCCUGCUUCAUAGCUAUCUUUUUGUGCAUGCCGGAGACUAAGCAGAGGUCACUGGAAGAGCUAGAUGAGGUCUUCUCCAUUUCUACACGACGUCACGCAUCAUACCAGUUGAAGGAGGUUCUGCCCUGGUGGUGUAAACGGUACAUCCUACAACAGAAACAGGCACCUGAACCAAAGCUUUAUCGAUUUGAAAUGGUAGAGAAUAUUGAGUCGGGUUAG